CUGCCGCGCCCAAGCUCCUGCCCCUUGGCCCAUUUCACGGGGCACGACCUCGAAUCCUUCUGUCCCCCACUCGAACCGCUUGCAACCCCUGACCCGGACGAUCGUGCCAGCGGCGCUGCUCCUGACCCCCCCGCUCCCCCUGCUCCCCCCGCUCCUCCCUGCGCGUCGGACGCUGCAGAGGCGCUACUGAGCGGAACGGAAGGGAGCGCAGACGGAACCGCAGAAGAGGGGAGCGCGGAGGGUGAGGGGAGUGCGGAGGGGAGUGAGGAGGGGAGCGCGGAGGGGAUGGCGGAGGGAGACGCGGCUGGCAGAGCCGCGGGCAGCGGCUGCGCGUGCUGCUGCGACGACUUAAGUAACGACGCCCCCGGCCCUGCGCCUAGCGCGACCAGAGUACUACUUAAUCCUGACACGUCUGGUCCGCCUGGGCGGCUGGCUUGGGCCGGGAGCGAGGAGGACGAGAGCAACGGCGGGGGGAGGGAAAGAGCUGGGGGAGCAGCGGGGAGGGCAGUAGGGGGGGGUGGUGCGGGGAGAGUGGACGCGGUUGGGGGAGUGGGGAGGGCGUGCGCGGCUGCGGCGGCUGCAGCUGCGGCUGCACGUGCGUCGAACCCUAAUGUGGCGAUAUCGGUGGAGCUACCCGUUGGCUUACGGCGAAGAGAGGAGGAUGAGGACGAGGAGGAGGAAGAGGACGAGGAUGAAGAGGGAGCGGAAGAGGAGGAAGAGGAGGAGGAGGAGGAGGAAGAGGAGGACGAGGAAGAGGAGGAGGAGGAAGAGGAGGAGGAAGAGGAGGAGGAGAAGGAAGAGGAGGAAGAGGAAGAGGAAGAAGAAGAGGAAGAGGAGGAAGCGGAGGAGGAAGAGGAGGAGGAAGAGGAGGAGGAAGAGGAGGAGGAAAAGGAGGAGGCGGAGGAGGAGGAGGACAAGGGGAUUGCUGAGGAGGAAACGGCCCCCGCCCCACUGCUUGCGUCUACGGGUAGAGCCGCCGCCGCAGCAGAGGCGGCGGCGACAGUGGCGGCGGAGGAUGAAGAAGCGCUUCUCUCCUUGAUGCUACCCCCGGUGCCCGUGAUAAACGACGCUAACCGCAGCCCACGGGAGGAACUCACCGGCGCCUCAUCCGACCGGCUACUUGACAGCGUCGGCGCCGUUAGCGGCCGCGGAGAGAGGUUCGACGGUCCGGUAAGGGAAGAAGCGGAGAGCGAGGAUAGAGGAAUGGCGGAGGACGAGACGGGCGCAGCGGAAGAGGCAGAGGAGGAAAUCGAAAGCCGCGUGCUUGGCGACGUUGAUCCUGACGCUGGGGAGCAUGAUCUUGGGGGGAGAUUCGCCCCCGGAUUUGCGACCGCAGGCGCAAUCGCGGCGACGGCACCGGUGGAGGGUGAGGCUGGCGGAAGGCCGUUGGGCGGGGAGGAGGUGAAGAGCAGCGAUGGGGAAGCGGAGGUGGAGGAUGGGGCGGAAACGGACGUUGCUGCGGAAGUUGGGAAGGGGAGGGUGGCGGAGGAAGGGGACGCGGGAGGAUGGCGGGACGGGGAGGCGGAUGCGGAGAGGCGAUUCGCGAACGGCAGGACGAGCGGGGCGGGAACCGAUCUGCCUAAGACUCCUCCGCCUCUUGACCGGCGGGAGUCUCCGGAAGUGGCGGAACCCGAAGAGCCCCGCGAUUUUUCCCCGUGA